AUAUAUGCAACCACAUUUUGAAGGAGAAUACCCCUGAAUGUGCUCUGCAGUGCUUGUUUUCACAGAUGGCUCGUUUGUAGAAACCGAAAGUAGGCCUAGCGAGUUGGGUGAUUGUCAAAAGAUUCCUUCAUAACAGGACUUCUUUAAGCUCUUCCUGGGGCUCCUGUCCUUGUGGAAGUUACGUUCGCAGUUUAAGGAUCUCAACUUGAAUAACACUGUUUGCUAUUAAGUAUUUGGAAGGCAGGAAAAGGUCCUGUCAGCACUGAGGUCAACCAUGCAGAAGUGUCCAAUUGUGAACGUGAGUGCAAUGAAGGUCUGGUGGCUGUCCACCCAGGGCUCAGUUUGGUCGACGGUGAAACGGUGGUCGUCCGCUCAGAUGCCGCCGAUGUGACAGCAGCCAACAAGGUCAUUCUGAUCAGUGGCGGAGGCUCUGGGCACGAGCCUGGACAUGCAGGGUACACUGGCAAAGGAAUGCUGACGGCCAGCGCUUGUGGCUCUGUGUUUGCCUCCCCUCCUCCCAAAUGUAUCAUGGCCGCCGUGGAUGCUGCGUGUGGGCAGAAUAAAAACUGCGCUGUAAUGAUGAUUGUCACCAACUACACCGGUGACCGACUCAACUUUGGCAUUGCCUGUGAACGAGCCAGGGUGAAAGGUCACCAGACAGAGAUGAUCGUGGUCGGGGAGGACUGCGCGCUGGACUCUGUGGAUCAUUCUGCCGGCAGGAGAGGUCUGGCUGGAACCAUGUUUAUUCAUAAGAUUGCAGGGGCAAUGGCAGAGCAGGGCAUGGGUCUGGCUGAGAUGACGUCAGAGCUCAACAAAAUCAAAUCCAGAAUGGGUACGAUGGGCGUGUCCCUCUCCCCUUGCUCAGUCCCCGGGUCUGGCCCAAACUUCACGCUACAGCCGGAUGAGAUGGAGCUCGGUCUGGGAGUUCACGGUGAAGCCGGUGUGAAGAGAAUCAAGGUGCUGUCAGCCAAGGAGACAGUGAGGACUAUGAUGGAUCACAUGACCAACCCUCAGUCCUCCACUCACAUUGAUGUUUCUUCAGGAGACAGAGUUGCUCUGAUGGUCAACAACUUGGGAGGAACUUCUGUCCUGGAGCUGAACAUUGUGGCUAAGGAGGCCAUCGAGUACUUGGAGCGGCGCGGUGUGUCUGUGGAGAGAGCGUACUGUGGCACGUACAUGACUUCUCUCGAGAUGGCCGGCGUGUCGAUCACUGUGCUCCACAUUGACGACAGAAUCAGAGCAUUUCUGGAUUUCCCGACAGAUGCUCCGGGCUGGAAGUCGUGCUACUUGCCCCCGGGCGCGACAGUCAGGAUAACCCCGCCUCUGGUCAAGGUUCAGCUGGAUGACCAAAUCCUGUCUGAUGCUGGUGCCGGUAAACUUGACGCAGCUGCGAGUGCGCUGGUUUACAAGUCCAUCAAGCACGUCUGCGAGCGCCUGGUGUCCAGCGAGGCCCACCUCAAUGACCUUGACACUCAGUCUGGGGACGGCGACUGUGGCUCGACUGUGGCCAGAGGCGCCAGAGCCAUCCUGUCCAAGCUAGGCUCGGCGGAGCAGCCCGGUCUCCCUGUGGACUGUCCACUCACACUGGCUCUGAGGCUGGGGCAGAUCGCUGAGGACACCAUGGGAGGAUCCUCCGGGGCUCUGUACAGCUUAUUUUUCACGGGCGCGUCCCAGGAGCUGAAGACUCUCACGGCUGACAGCUUGGCCAAAGCCGUGGACUCUGGGCUGAAGGCUUUGAUGAAGUACGGAGGAGCAAAGCCAGGCCAGAGAACUAUGAUUGAUCCUAUUGAUGCGGCCAGUAAAAGUCUGAGUCAAAACAGCCAGCUGUCCUUGUCCGAGGCUGUGAAAGUGGCGGCAAAGGCCAGCGAGGCCAUGGCACAGAGCACGGCAGGGAUGGACGCUCAGGCCGGCCGAGCCAGCUACGUCAACAAAGAACUGUUGACCAAACCAGACCCAGGGGCCGUGGCAGUGGCUAUGUGGAUGACCGCUAUCGCCGAUGCUCUGUGAAGUCUGUACCGGUACCGUAGUGUGCACACAGAGCUGUGACGACUGCUAUCGCCGAUGCUCUGUGAAGUCUGUACAGUACCAUAGUGCGCACACAGUGCAGUGGUGACCGUUCUGUAGUUGUCUUUGUAACUGACGCUCUGUAGUAGUUAUCUUUGCAACCGAUGCCCUGAAGUGCCACUGACCGAUGGUCAUGCAGUGGUGAUGUCAGGGCUUGGGGAAAUUUUGCUCAAUAUUUGUGGCAGAAAAAUACUUAUGUUGCUCUAUUGAUUGUUGUUUUGCGAGGACUAUUGUGAAGCCUAUAUUAGAAGUGGAAAAAGAGAUUAUGUUGCUCUAUUGAUUGUUGUUUUGCGAGGACUAUUGUGAAGCCUAUAUUAGAAGUGGGAAAAGAGAUUAUGUUGCUCUAUUGAUUGUUGUUUUGCGAGGACUAUUGUGAAGCCUAUAUUAGAAGUGGAAAAAGAGCAUUUGUGCCAUGUUUCCGUUAUUUUCUCCUACUUUAAAAAAUGCCAGUACUGCUGUAAGUACUAUUUAGUAUUAUAUAAAAAUUAUUGUAGAUCUAUAAAAUAUUAUAUCAAUUAUAUAACACUAAUAAAAUAAUAUAAUUCAGGAUCAAA